AAAUCUUGAAAAAAAAUACGAAAGCACUUAACAUUUAUUUUUCUUGACGUUAUAAAUAUAAAAAGUACCAAAGGAAUUUUCAUAGUUUUCUUGCAUCCACUCUUAAAGGGAAGCGCUUGAUUUAUUCUUGUUUAUAUGGAACAAAAUAACAUUUCCGCCGGUUAUGAGGAUGGCGUGGCAGAGUUUUUGCGCGAGCUCCACAGACUACAGAAAAAUGCACAUGAACAAAAGCAACUUUUAAAAUGUCUUCAGGAGGACGAGAAAAAAUUAGCUAAGAUUCUGGAAACGGCGGCUGAAGAAGAAUUCAAAACUGCAUUACAGUGUGCCAAGGCAGAAGCAAACUUGUUGGAGUUGCGUGAUUCGAAUAAAAAACUUCAGUUUGAUUUCGAUAAGGCUAAGAAUGAUUGCAUGAACUUCAUGUUUCGACAAGACAAAGCAACUAAAGCAUAUCAAAAAAUCUUUAAUUCACAAUGCGCAUCUGAGGCACGCAGGGAGCGUCUCAAAGAAAUUAUAGAAAGCACUAGUUUACAUCAAAAUCCAAAUUUACAGAAAAUUUUACGAACUACAAAAAUUCUCUUUAAUAAUGUAUUCAUUAAACAUAAUAUUUGCAACAUUAUCAAGAAAGAAAUUGGUCAAGUUUGUCAUUUAUGCAAUCUUUCAAUCAUUCAGAAUUCAACUUUUGAAGAGGAUUCUUUUUGUAGGCUUGUCAAAUGUUUUGAAAGAUUUUCAGAGACUCUUUCUGAAGAGGAGCAAAACGUUCUCAAAACUUUACUAGGUUAUAAAUAAGUUUAUUUCUAUAUCAAUACCUUAUUUUUACUGCUCUUUUUGUUUAUUUAUUAUAUAAUUAUUUACUGAACAAUAAAAUUCAACUAAGUUAUAUAAA